CACGAGUAUCAGAUAGGUGAUUGCUGGCCUUGCACUUCUCCUGCCUUCCUUCUCCCCACGUCGUUGCUCGUCACACCACACACAUGAAAGUCACACACACACAAGCAGGCAAACCCUACCCCUGCACUUUGCAAGAGAGGGACACAUCGAUCGAUAGACUUAAUAAGACUUGAGAGGGAGAGAAAGACGUACAGAACUAUAGCUUAGUUCGAUCGAGCUGUCCACUACAUCUCCAUUGAUCAAUUGUAUGAGCUUCCGUAGCUCCAUUCUCUUCCUUUCUCUACUAGCCAGUACAAAGCCAGCAGCUUCUAAUUUGGCUUGAACGAAAUAUACUCCAGCACCUUUGCAGCACUGUUGCUAGCUAUUAAUCGCGCCCACCAUGUACGCACUGACCCCAGCUCGCUGCAACCUCCCUCCGCUCCGCCGUGCGCCGUGCCGGCAGGCGGCCUCCACCACCACCACAUCAACGACGAUCACCACCACACAGAACCCGGCGGCGCUGGGUCGACGCGCAGCCGCCAACCCGGACUAUGACUCGCUACGCUCCACGUGGCAGCACCGUGCGUGGACGGCGGCCGGCACGGCGGCUGUCCUCUCCUCCCUCUCCGCAUCAGCCUCUCUCGCCGCCUCCGACGGCGCCUCCUACGCCCCGCUCGUCGUCUCCGCCGUCGCUGCCUACUCCCUCGCUGACCUCGCCACGGGCGUCUACCAUUGGCUGGUGGACAACUACGGCUCCCCUUCCACCGCCGUCUUCGGGGCCCAGAUCGCCGCCUUCCAGGGCCACCACCGCGUCCCGGCCACCAUCACCCACCGGGACCCCUGCAACAACCUCCACGCUUUAGCCUGUGCCGCCGCCUUCCUCCUCCCGCCCACCGACCUCGCGCUCUCCGCCGCCCACGCCCCCGCCUCAGCGCACGCCUUCGCGGCCACCUUUGCCGCCUGCGUCGUGCUCAGCCAGCAGUCCCACGCUUGGGCGCACGAGAGCCGCCGCCGGCUGCCCCCCGCCGUCCUCGCCCUGCAGGCCGCCGGCGUUUUGGUCUCCCGGGCGCAGCAUGGAAGGCACCACCGGCCGCCGUAUGACACGAAUUACUGCAUCGUUAGCGGGAUGUGGAACGGGGUGCUGGAUCAGUACAGGGUGUUUGAGGCCUUGGAGAUGGUCAUCUUCUUCCGCACCGGCAUCCGGCCCCGCUCAUGGGACGAGACCCAAGCCGAAUGGAGAGAGGAGGACGUCGUCGAUGCCGCCACCGCCGGUGAUGAUGCUGACAGCUCAUGAUUCACAUACUGAUUUCAUAUAUGUGCAUAUAUACAUCAUACGAUUGAUCCAAGAGUAUCACACGCUGUUCUUUUCCUCCAUUCAUCUUGGGCUUAAAAGGAUUUGGUGAAAAAUGAGUUAGUUAGAUGAAAAACAUUGUAAUUUUGUAUGAAUAUUUUGGGUUGAUUUUGAUUGAGGCAGCGGACACUCUUCUUGUUGCUUUUUGGAUAAAAAUCUUGUGGUUUAUGUAAAAAGAAAGGAACGAGGGAAAGAUGUGGUAAUGCAUGCAUGACUUUUUGUAUGGUCUUCGGUCUA